CCAAUGUGGUACACUAAAUCUGAGUCAUAUUGUGCAAUAUUGGUGAAUUAGUAGUUGGUGCAGAAUCAUAUACAUCGAUGUUCUGUCAUUUGUUGAAGAUAAAAGAUCGAAGGCCUCCAUUAUUAAAAAGAAAAAAAAGAAAGAAAAUUGGAUAUUCGUUUCUUUCUAGAUUUAGAAUAUAGAUAUUUGUAAUAUUGAGAUGAUAAACGAUUAAUAAAUGGAUUAAAUAGGAUCUAAUGUCUAAUUACAAUCCAAGAGGAACAGGCUCCUGCCGCCAUAAAAAAUUCCAUAAUUACUUAUGUUAUUGUAUUUUUUGAUAACACAUUGAUUAUUGCAUGGAACAUUGGUUAAGAACAAAAAAGGAACCAAGAACAAACAAUGUCCUCAAACAUAUUAAAAUGACAGCUCCAAAUCCUUACUUCAAUUAUUGAUGUGUUGGGUUUAUUUUGGAUUAGCUAAUGGAAAUAAUUGAAGCUCAGCAUGACAGCAAAUCAGAACCUCAAACACCUCAUCCAGAGGAAUCAACCACCACCACCACCGAUCAACCUCCAAUAUUCAGCCCUGACAACCGCUGGAAACCGUGGCUUCUAAUAGCACUCAACAUCUUAUUCCUCCUCGCCGGUCAAUCUGCAGCCGUUCUGUUAACCAAAUUCUACUUCAACAAUGGAGGAAAAAGUAAAUGGAUGGCAUCUCUCAUGCAAACAGCUGGUUUCCCUCUCCUUUACCUCCCACUUCUCUUCUUCCCUUCCUUUAACAAGCAGUCCCCAAGCUCCUCCAACAACAUAACCCAUUAUGUGGUCUACUUUUCCCUCGGUUGUCUGCUAGGCAUUGAUAACUUCAUGUAUACAGUUGGCGUUAAACCACUUUCCAUUUCAACAUAUUCCCUCCUUUGUGCAAGCCAAUUGGUAUUCAAUGCCAUCUUUUCGGUGGUUAUCAACUGCAAAAAGCUCGGUAUCCUAACGCUUAACUCGAUCAUCUUCAUUACCGUAUCAGCUUCAAUGGUUGCAAUUCAUCCCGACAGUUCUGAGACCAAAAGAGAUGAGAAAAAUCCAGUAAGAAAGAAUGAACAUACCAUUGGGUUUAUAUCAACAGUUGGUGCUUCUGCAGGCUAUGCUUUAUUGCUGUCUCUAACACAAUUCUCAUUUGACAAAAUACUGAAAAAGGACACAUUUAGUGUUGUGUUUGAAAUGCAGAUUUACACUUCAUUGGUUUCGAGUUUCGUUUGCUUGUUGGGGUUGUUGAGUUUGGAAUUCAUGGAUUUAAAGUCCGAAAUGGAGAAAUUUGAUGAAGGGAAGGUGAUUUAUGUAGUGAGUUUGAUUGGAAUAGCUUUGGCAUGGCAGAUUUGUACAGUGGGAGUAGUGGGAUUGAUCUAUUUGGUGUCAUCUUUGUUCUCAAAUGUUGUGAGUAUGCUUAGUUUGCCAUUUGUUCCAGUUGUUGGUGUUCUGCUUUAUAAGGAGAAAAUGGAUGCAAUUAAGGUGUUGGCAAUGUUGUUCACUCUUUGGGGAUUUGCUUCUUAUAUCUACCAACAAUAUCUUGAUGAUAAAAAGUCAAAGAAAAAGGAAUCCCAAGAAAUCGAAGCUUCAAAAUCUGAAGUUUAACUUAAUUGAUUGAAGAUUCCAAAUCAAAGUAGUGGCUAUGUUUUUCACUCUUUAGGGUUUUUCUUCCUAUCUAGGAAUCCAAGGGAUCAAAGAUUCUUAUAUGCAUAUGUACAUGUCUACCAUACAUGUUGUAUGAAUAAAUAGUAAUUGUUUUUUUUUUAUAAGAAAAUCAAAA